UCCUAUUUGUUACGUCAUUUCUGUUUGUUUUUUUUAAACUAAUAAUAUUGUUUCUACAGCAUCUAUUCAGAGAGCCAGAGAAGAAGCCACCUACAGUUGUGUCCAAUGCAUUUACUGCCUUGGUCCUCUCUCCGUUUCUGCUCCUGCUCAUACUGUGGUUUAAACUUGGAGCCAAUAUCUCAAACUUCACAUUGUCACCCAGCACUAUUCUCUUCCACAUAGGCCACGCAGCUAUGUUGGGUCUAAUGUAUGUGUACUGGACUCACUUGAACAUGUUCCAGACUAUGAAGUAUUUGGCUAUCAUAGGCAGCCUCACAUUCCUGGCUGGGAACCGCAUGCUGGCACAAAAAGCUGUGAAAAGACUUGAAGGAAAAUGAUGCUGGUAAAAUCGUGAAGACCAUGGAUGUUUCAUAUUCAUGUUUUUUUCUUUAUAUAA